AUUUGCUGAUGAGAUCCGUAACAGAACAUAAACAUCUCUGAAAGCUUAGUUUUUAGCUAAAAAUCAUAUCUGAGGAUUAGCACUUACAGGAACUGGGCCGCGGAACCUAUUCCCAGGGAUUGUAGUACUCGGUUACCAUAAAAAGUGUAUUCCCUGAAAACUACUGAUCGAUUUUCAAAAAAUUGACCCUCGACUAGAUAAAUUACUUCCGUAUGUGCGAUAAUGCACAGUGCAUUAUAUUUGAUUUGGUUGUCACAGUUUACUAGGCUGAAUAAAAUAUAUUGACAUAAUUUGAUUGUUUUUAAUAUCUUAAAGGAGUUUCAGCUUUACCUGUCAGGAUUAGUGUGCAUGCAGCUGAAUCUUAACUUACAAAAAUACCCGUUUACAAGCAAGCUGGAUAUUGACAGAACUAGGCAACAACUGGCGUGUAUAAUUAAAGAAUAUUAUCGGGGAAACAAAACGUACAACAAACAGUUCUGCAAAUCAGUUAGCUGAUAGAAAAUAUGGCUGAGGCACAGUGUUCCUCUCAAAGUCAGUCUCGCACUGAAAGACGGGACAGCACUGUUGAAAACAUGUUUAAAUGCCCGAUUUGUCACAACGAAAUGUCCCGCGUGUCUAUUACCCAUUGCGGGCAUCGCUUCUGCAACCGCUGCAUAAGGAAGUGGAUAGAACAACACCCCAACUGCCCAACUUGCAGAACGAAAAUAACAGCCAAAAAUCUUAUCGAGGACCGAACUUUUGACGAGUUUAUACGAACGUUUAAAGAGAGGACGGUACCAACCGCGGAGAGUGAGGCCCAGCAAGAACAAGCAGGACGAAGUGGCGGGAUGUCGAUUGAAGAGCUGGGCAACAUUUUACAGAGUGUUAUGCCACAGAGGGACCAGGAUAUGAGGAAUCUUACAGACAACCUCAUUAGGAUGAAGGACCAAGAGAUAGCACGGCUUACAACACAGAUACAGGAGCAUACUAGCACCAUCAGCCGCCUUAAUGGUGAACUCAGGACUGUACAAGAUCAGCUUGGGGAUGAAUUGCCCAUACUGACGGAAAGAUCCGCUCAAUUACAGCUCACAUCAGACAGACAAAGAGAACAGAACCAGCAACUACAAGACAAGACCCAGAGUCUUGAAACUAGCUUGACGUCAUACAAGGUCGCAGUGAAGCAAACGAUGGAACAGAAGAAAUUACUGGAAGAGCAGCACCGUCAAAAGACUCAAGAAUUACAAACAACUAAGACCCAGCUAGAUGUGAGUAAGAAAGAAAAUACACAGCUGAAGUUGCAACUGCAGAGUACUAAAGAUGCGUUGAAUUCACAAAAAGAACAGCUAGAAAAAAGCGAAUCGACUACAGAACAAAUGAAAGAGCUGGUAAACACUUUCUUUCAGCAAAAGCAAAUGUUGGAUGCGGAGCUUGAAACAGCUCGACAGGAAUGUCUGCAACUUGGUCAGCAAGUCCAGCAACUGCAGAUGUUUGAAAGUAUGUACCAAGACACUGCUCAACAACUAAAGGAUCUCAAUGAAACAGUAUUGCCAAAAAAAGAUUCUACCAUUAUUCAGCUACAAGAAAGGACAACAGAACUUAUUAAUGAUGUAGCCAUUUUACGCCAAAACAAUAUUCCACUGGGCCAACACGUGCAGAUUCUUCAAAGUAACUUACAAGAAGCAAUUCAGCAACUUCAGUGCUACUAUGAACAAGAAUAUGGGAGCAAGAUUAUGAAGGUAGAAAAAGUGAACGAAGUUUUAAAGAAUCAGCUGAAUGAAAAGGAAACUGAACUACAGAAUCGAGAGGACGUAGGGGAUGAACUUAAAUCAGCAACGAGGACCUACAAGAAACUCAUUAAAGAGAACUGUGAUCUCAAAGACAAAGUGAAGGAACAGGACAAUCAAAUAAGGCAUUUAAGACAAGACGUUGCUCAUUCAAAACAGAGAACAAACCAACUUGAACAGAUGAUGAAUUCCCGUGUGAAUGUGUAAGUAUAAAUUACUGUACAUUGUGGCGUCAGGUAUGAAGAGUAAAACAUGCCACUUUACAGCUUAAAUUGAAAACAAGAGCCAAAACCAGUAUCAUCACAUACAUGAACAAAACACUUUACACCUCUGUAAAUAAGAUAUUGAUAUGCAUAGACGUAGCACGCGCAGUGCUAGUGGCACGACACCGGACUAUGCAACCGCACUAAUAAUUAUUUACAUCUUUUCUGACAAGAGUCUUAUGUGGGGAAGCUUUACACCUGGCAGCAAGAGAACCCGGAAAGCUUGUCAAACUGUACCGUCUUCGGUCUCUAGCAUUAUCCUGAUAAAUGAAGGAGUCAUCCGUACUUGUAAACGGCGUUGGUUAUUGACCUUUUAUGUAAUAUAAAAAUAUGUAAGAAUUAGCUGCUAUGUUUUUAGAUGAAUCUUCGAGUGACAGAUAUAAUUCUUUAAUUAAUUGUUGAUAAGUGUACUCUACAAUGACUAGAUAUUGCAUGUACAGUUUUGUUGAGUUGAUAAGAACAUUCGUACAAGUUACUGUAGAAUUUGUGUCUAUGCAGAACUUUAGUAUUCAUUUAUAAAUCUAGCAAUGUUUAAGCUCAAAUGGAAUACAUUGCAGCCUUAAUAAAAGCAUUUCAAUAUUGAACGCAUAUUAACUUCACAUUGAUUGCAUUGAUUCUAUGACUUUUCAGUUAUUAUUUUGUACAGUAUUUGUAAUGCGAGUUAGAUGUGGUAUGUGAAAAAUGCAACUGUAAUAGUAAUGUUACAAAUUUAAUGCAAUAAUUUUGCAAUUGUAAUAUAUGUAAAAUGGAUUUGUGUAAAAUGCGACUGUAAAAUGUGAAAAAUGAAACUGUAUAUACAUACCUCUUUCACUUUAAGCGUAAAUGGUCAAACAUAAGCAUUUAAAUGUUUCUUAUGCCUCUCAUGUUGUUCGUUAACAACACAGUAAAAAAAUUAAUAUUGAUAUUCAUAUAAUACUUAUUAUUCACUUGCAAUAAUAUUUAAGUUAAGUUAUAGUGUCUCAUCUGACAGCAAUUUGUUUCUUAAUCUUAAGUUUGACACCGUAAACUAUGGCACCAUCUUGAUAAAAGACACACAGCUGUAAGAUACUCUCUAAAAACAUUUAUUCGAAAAAAAAUGUGAUGUUAUAUUCAAAAUUGACAAUGACUCAAUGAGCGGUCGAGGGUGUAAUAUAUGAGCUAUAAAAAGCAAAAUGUAUAUUUUCAAAUAUGGCAUUAUCUCCAUAUAGCCUCUCCUAGUAUGAACAAUAGUCUAUGAGACGUUAAAACCUACUGCAGUAUAUUAAAAGUUGAAUAAGGACAAAGCUUCAUUACAUUCUAAAUCUUUUAAAAUCAUUUGAGCCGCGCCAUGAGAAAACCAACAUACGGAUGCGCAGGCUGGUCUGGAUCCAUGUUGUUCGCUUUUAAAGCCUUUUGGAAUUGGAGAAACUGUUAGCGAACAGAAUGGAUAAUGAUCAGACUGCGCGGAUACGCAGGCUGGUCUGGAUCCAUGCUGGUCGCAAACCCACUAUGUUGGUUUUCUCAUGGCACGGCUCAUUUACUUGCUAUAAAGAAGGUAACCCUACCAUGUGACAUGAACUACAAGGCUAAUAUGUAUGUGUUCAACGGGUCAGAAAAAACACUUCCCAGGCAAGACUACAACACCUUAGAUAAUCCUAAAAUGCAACAUGUCUAUACUAAAUUAAGGUGAUAUAUUUCUUACUUACUUUAGACUUAACUAUCUUAAUGUGAGCCUCGCCAUGAGAAAACCAACAUAGUGGCUUUGUGACCAGCAUGGAUCCAGACCAGCCUGCGCAUCCGCGCAGUCUGGUCAGGAUCCAUGCUGUUCGCUAACGGUUUCUCUAAUUGCAAUAGACUAUGAAAGCGAACAGGAUGGAUCCUGACCAGACUGCGCGGAUGCGCAGGCUGGUCUGGAUCCAUGCUAGUGGCAAAGCCACUAUGUUGGUUUUCCCAUAGCGCGGCUCAUUUUAUAAUCUGUUUCGAGAACCUUUGUAGAGAUUAAGACAUGGCCAAAAACUUUGUUAUCUCUUAUUUAAAUAAAGUGGGUUACAGUUGUCGUUGAUAGUUGUUAAUAUUAUAAAACUGACUUUAUUAAUCUUCUUAGUUAAUCCGCUUUUUGUUUCCUUGUAUUUGAAAUGCGUUCAUUGUGCAGGAAUACUACAAUAAUUGAAUUUGAUUAAUAGGAUUAAUAGAUGUUUAACCACACAUUUUGCUAUUGGCACCAGGACGAAUCCAUCAAGUACAAUCAAUAAAUACGAAUAGAAAAUUAUAAUGUCUUGAUUUAGUUAACUGUGUGUCUCUAGGUUAGAGACCACCAAUUGUUUUCCCAUAGACUUACAUUGUAACAUCAUGGCGUGUACGGCCUUCCAUACAUCGAAACAUGUAUAUAUCUAAUUACAAGUUUUUAAAGAACUAUCUUAGUUCUACCAAAAUAUCGGACGAAAAACAUAUGAAUAGUGAUACUUUAUUUAAGUAAUUUUCGUGUGAAUGAGAUGACCCCCUGUUUACAUCAUUGACAUGGCGGGAGAAAUUCGUUUGAUAAAACUUUUUUCAAUACACAUAAAAUGUAGCAAAUUUUGUUAAAAUGUAUAAUGAAAUACUGUAAAUGCAGUGAAUAUCAAUUUUGAAAAAAUAAUCACUUCCUGUGUUUGUUUAAAUGACUGACCAAUCAGAACGCACAGACGUUACCUUAUUCCCAGGUAUACGCUUACCUCAUUCCCAGUAAGUUCCCUGUACUUUUUAGCUCGACUUUUCGAAGAAAAUGUAGAACUAUUGCACUCGCCCCGGCGUCGGCGUUCAGCGUUGGUUAAAGUUUUUGAUAAAGUCAAAUAUCUGUUACUAUCAAAGCUAUUGACUUGACACUUAAAAUAGUUAUUUACUAUCAAAGUCUACACCAGGAGAAACAAUCCCCAUAACUAUUUUGAAUUUUGACAGAAUUAUGCCCCUUUUUAACUUAGAAUUUUUGGUUAAAGUUUUUGAUAUAGUCAAAUAUCUCUGUUACUGUCAAAGCUAUUGACCUGAAACUUAAAAUACUUAUUUACCAUCAAAGUCUACACCAGAAGAAACAAUCCCCACAACUCUGAUUGAAUUUUGACAGAAUUAUGCCCCUUUUUAACUUAGAAUUUUUUGUUAAAAUUUUUGAAAAAGUCAAAUAUCGCUGUUACUAUCAAAGCUUUUGACUUGAAACUUAAAAUACUUAUUUACCAUCAAAGUCUUCACCAGGAGAAACAAUCCCCAUAACACUGAUUUGAAUUUUGACAGAAUUAUGCCCCUUUCUUACUUAAAAUUUUUUGUUAAAAUUUUUUGAUAAAGUCAAAUAUCUCUGUUACUAUUAAAACUUUUGACUUGAAACUCAAAAUAGUUAUUUACUAUCAAAGUCUACACCAGGAGAAACAGUUCCCAUAACUCUGAUUUGAAUUUUGACAGAAUUAUGCCCCUUUUUAACUUAGAAUUUUAAAAAAAUUUUUUUGAUAAAGUCAAAUAUCUCUGUUACUAUUAAAGCUUUUGACUUGAAACUCAAAAUAGUUAUUUUCUAUCAAAGUCUACACCAGGGGACACAAUUCCCAUAACUCAGAUUUGAAUUUUGACAGAAUUAUGUCCCUUGUUAACUUGGAAUUUUUUUUACUAGCAAAGCACUACUUCAGAAUCAAGCACUGAGAAAAGUCGAGCGCGCUGUCUUACGGACAGCUCUUGUUUGAAUUGGUGGUCUCUGACCUUUAGAUAUUUUAAGAUAUACAUACAUAGUCAUGCUUUACUGCAAGAAAUGACUUGUCGCUAUGUUAUUUACGUUAUUUCUUUAUACAACUGUGAUAUUACAUGUUUCUAAUUGUUCAAUUUUGUUAUUAAAUAAUUUUGUAUGAAAUUGUAAAUAAAUAGUUUGCAUAA